CACAAUCUCUAGUAGUCUCUUCUUAGCGGUAAUCGUCUAGAAGACGGAAUUCUUUGUCCCUAAUGCUCACGUAAUAGACCGUCUCCAUUGCUGAGUCCAUUGACGCAGUUAACCGCUCUAGCAGUACUCCGAAGUGCAAGUGUUCAACACACCUGGCGUAUAGUAUGGUGACUACCGACAGCUUAGCAAACAGCACCGACGAACCUGUACCCAGUAUUCUGACGUUACAACAGCACUACGCCGCAAGCGUCACACUGCUUGCCUUGGCUGUAAUAGGGACUGUGCUCAGCUCUGUGAAUUUCCGUAUGCUGUUGUCUAAUCCGGAUUACUGCAGUAAAGCUGGGAAUUUUUUUUUGUCACUAGCAGUCACUGACUUGUGUGUGUGUAUAUUCGAAACGCCCUUCUCCGCCUUCAGUCACCAUGCUGGAUUUUGGAUAUUCGGAGACACAGCGUGCCAACUGUAUGCGUUUUUCGGUAUAUUCUUUGGACUUGUCAACAUCUUCAUGGUAACCUUCAUCAGUUUGGACCGUUACUGGGCAACGUGUUCUCCCGUAGAAGUGGAAUUGAAAUCCAAGUACUACACGCGGAUGACAGCGCUUGGAUGGAUGGUGGCGCUGUUCUGGGCGGCCGCGCCUGUAUUUGGCUGGUCACGGUAUGCCAUGGAACCUUCCAUGGCCUCAUGUAGUAUUGAUUAUAUGACAAACGACUUUAGUUACGUCACGUACAUUACUUGCCUAACUUUGACGUGUUACGUGGUUCCCAUCGUUGUCAUGGUAUACUGCUAUGUUAAAGCGUCCAAGAACAUCAAAUAUACUGGAAAAGUGACUGAGUGGGCACACGAAAAUAACGCCACCAAGAUAUCGAGAUUGUGCGUGUUGCAACUUGUAUUUUGUUGGAGUCUAUAUGGCUUCAAUUGCAUGUGGACAGUAGUUGCCGAUGAUGUUGAAACGUUGCCGAAGAUGCUGACAGUACUGGCUCCCAUUCUAGCCAAGACCACACCGAUCCUCAAUUCUGGACUGUACUUCCUGCACAACAAAAAGUUUCGUGGUGCUGCUGUUGAUAUGUUCAAGGCCAAGGAGGAAUAAGAACAAGAAAGAAGAAAUAACCAGCAUAUGUGUUUUGUUUCAUCUGUUCCGUAUGUAAAAACAUUGAGCAUUUUCGUAACAUAUGUACUCUGUGUUGUAUGUUGGUUAAGACAGAGAAUAAGAAUUCGAUGCAAAAGGUCGCCGAGAUCUGACCUAACGUAAUCAUGGUAUUUAGAAUAGUGACUCUCGCGCUCUCAACGAGAUCUCGGUGACGAAAUGGGCACGUAUUUCGAAAUUAUAUUACGUACUAGUAUUUGACAGCGCA